GCCAGGAGGGGCCGGGCCUGGCGAGAGAGGGGCGCGAGGUGAGCGGGGGCCUGCGGGAGGCCGCGACGGCCGGGAGCUGCGGGGCGCAUCCGUUUGCGUGCGGACGCCGUGCGGAGCCUUCGCUAACGGUUCCGGGCGCCGCGCGCCCACGUGCGCCAUCGCGUCGCGAGCCCCGCGCGCCCCCGGGGCGGAGGGCAGCCUGGGAAAUCUGACUGCGCGAGGCACAGUCCUCGGAGAAGAUGGACGGGGAGCAGCGGCCGGCGCCCUACCGGGGCCUGUUUGCGGACGGGCACCUGGUGCUGUGGACGCUGUGCUCGGUGCUGCUGCCCGUGCUCAUCACCUGCUGGUGCAGCUUCCAGCGGUCGCGCCGCCAGCUGCACCGCAGGGACAUCUUCCGCAAGAGCAAGCACGGGUGGCGCGACACGGACCUGUUCAGCCAGCCCACCUACUGCUGCGUGUGCGCGCAGCACAUCCUGCAGGGCGCCUUCUGCGACUGCUGCGGCCUGCGCGUGGACGAGGGCUGCCUCAAGAAGGCCGACAAGCGCUUCCAGUGCAAGGAGAUCAUGCUCAAGAGUGACGGCAGGGCCCCGAGCCCCAUGCCCCACCACUGGAUCCGGGGCAACGUCCCCCUGUGCAGCUACUGUGCGGUUUGCAAGCAGCAGUGCGGCAGUCAGCCCAAGCUCUGUGAUUACAGGUGCAUUUGGUGUCAGAAAACAGUUCAUGAUGAGUGCAUGAAAAAUGGCUUAAGGAGUGAAAAGUGCAAUUUUGGAGAAUUCAAAAAUCUCAUCAUUCCACCAAGUUAUCUGACGUCUAUUAACCAGAUGCGUAAAGACAGAAAAACAGAUUAUGCAAUGCUAGCCUCAACACUUGGAAAGAAUUGGACUCCAUUAAUAGUCCUGGCCAACUCUCGUAGUGGUACUAACAUGGGAGAAGGACUGUUGGGAGAAUUUAGGAUCCUCCUAAAUCCAGUUCAGGUUUUUGAUGUAACAAAAACUCCCCCUGCUAAAGCCUUGCAACUUUGUACUCUGCUUCCCUACUGCUCAGCUCGAGUACUUGUUUGUGGAGGGGACGGUACUGUGGGCUGGGUCCUGGAUGCAGUGGAUGAAAUGAAAUUUAAGGGACAGGAAAAAUACAUUCCACAGGUUGCUGUCCUGCCUUUGGGAACAGGCAAUGAUCUGUCCAAUACCUUGGGUUGGGGUGCAGGUUAUGCUGGAGAAAUCCCAGUUGCACAGGUCUUACGAAAUGUAAUGGAAGCAGAUGGAAUUACACUAGAUAGAUGGAAAGUUCAAGUAACAAAUAAAGGAUACUAUAACUUAAGAAAGCCCAAGGAAUUCACAAUGAACAACUAUUUUUCUGUUGGACCUGAUGCUCUCAUGGCUCUCAAUUUCCAUGCUCAUCGUGAGAAGGCGCCAUCUCUGUUUUCUAACAGAAUUCUUAAUAAGGCUGUUUACCUAUUCUAUGGAACCAAAGAUUGUUUAGUACAAGAAUGUAAAGAUUUGAAUAAAAAAGUCGAGCUAGAACUGGAUGGUGAGCGAGUGGAACUGCCUAAUUUGGAAGGCAUCAUAGUUCUGAACAUUGGAUACUGGGGCGGUGGCUGCAGACUGUGGGAAGGGAUGGGAGAUGAAACUUACCCUCUAGCCAGGCAUGAUGAUGGUUUACUAGAAGUUGUUGGAGUAUAUGGAUCUUUCCACUGUGCUCAGAUUCAAGUGAAACUGGCAAAUCCUUAUCGAAUAGGACAAGCACAUACAGUGAGGCUGAUUUUGAAGUGCUCAAUGAUGCCAAUGCAGGUAGAUGGGGAGCCAUGGGCCCAAGGGCCUUGCACUGUCACCAUAACUCACAAGACACAUGCAUUGAUGUUAUAUUUCUCUGGGGAACAAACGGAUGAUGACGUCUCUAGUACUUCGGAUCAAGAGGACUUGAAGGAAGCUGAGUAGCUGGAUGAGGAAAUGAAAACUUUGUAUAUAGAAUACUCACAAGUGAACAGAAACUAUUCAUCCAGAAGUAGAAACUUCUCUAUCAGCUAUUUAGUCUUAUGUUCACAAGUAGUAUAAUGAACAUAGCUUUAUGUAAAUAGCAUUCAGAAACAGCCAAACUUUGUUUUUAUAAAUGUCAGUUUUUCCCCAGCAAAACACUUUGAUCUUGUACUUAAAGUACUUAAAGUCCCAGAGGUUACAUGAAAGUGAGAGUUUUCUGUGGCUUUAUGUUUAAGAAUAUGACUUCUCUGAAGUACAUGUUCUCAUCCCUUUUUCUAGAACACAUUUGAUGGAUACAUUGUACAUCCUGUAAGAUGUGGAUAUAAAACAUUCCAUCUUCAUUUUUAAUAUGAUGACACCAUAGAUUUUAAAAAUUGACUUGUUUUCUUGAAAGGAGAUAGGUAGCAUCAAACCAGCAUGCCUCUUCAAGAUUUCCUACAGUGCAGCACCUAGUGAAUCCAUAAAUACCUAUUUCCAGGAACUAAAAAGAAGAAAAACAUAAAGAAAAAUAGCACUUAAAUUUUUUGUUUUUACUUUAGGAGUAUUUUAGACCCCUAGAUGUUGCUUGGGAGACCAUGUUAAUGUCAAAACUCAACAUCUUACUUAUAACCUAUUUUAUGCCUUGCCUAUCUUAGGCCAACUUUAGGCACAAGGAUGGUUUACUGGAAGUUGUUUGAGUAUGUUGGUCUUUUCACUGUGUUCAAAUUCAAGUGAAAUUGGUACAUCCUUUUCAUAUAGAAAAAUAUAAUAAGGGUGAAAUAUUGCUAUAACAGGUUAGUUUGUUGCAUCAAAAUUCAGCAUCUUGACCAAGCAUAUCCAAAACAGAACCACAUAGAGCUGAUAAAAAUUACAUUCACAGUACAUUUGACUGAAAGUUAUAGCUUCUAGGCUAAAUGCUUGAGCAGCUUCACUUUUGACCAGUAUCCAGUUGGUGUCAGCAGGGUUUUUAAGUGUGCUGAAGAUAAUUUGCUAGUCACAUUAAUUACUCAGAAAAAAAAUUCAGUGGUCUGGUAGUAUUUAAGAUACAACUUUUUUUAGAUAUAACAUUUUAUAUCUAAAACACUUAACGGAAAAACAGAAACCUCUGCAAAAUGUUUAUAUCGUAUUUAUUUUAAGAUGGAAAUGUAUUUUUUUACUUAUUUAUUUUCUUCAUUGUGGUAUAUCUGUGUUUAGUGUUUACAAGAUAUGACCUUAUUUAAUAAGUUAAAUUGAUCAUAUAAAGUCUGUAAGCUAAAAAUGUAGCUUAUUGCUUAAACUUUAUUAAUAAUUCCUGACAUAUAUUAUCCAGACAUUCUCAAUCUUCAGAAAUAUUCUUCAAUAUUUUAUAAAGAGGGUAAAUGGUGGGGGCUGGAAGGUGACACACCCAGUUAAGCACACACACUGCAGUGUGCAAGGACCUAGGUUCAGGCCUCUGUUCCCCACCUUCCAGGGGGAAGGCUUCAUAAGCAGUGAAACAGAACAAGGUGUGUGGAUUCAUAGUGUCGGCAACCCAGUGAUAACCCUGGUGGCAAUAAAAAUAUAUAUUUAUAACAGUAAUGAUAAAGAGGGCAAGUGGAAAUACAUGUACUCUACUUUUGGGUAAUAAAAUUACACUCCUGUAUGUCUUUCAAUUGCCAAAAACUGUUGAAAGGCUUGUCUCAUGGUUUCCCAUUAGAGGGCACUCUUGUAUUGUUGGCCAACUUGUUUGUGCCCUCAGGUCCUGCACACCCAUUGAACGUUCAGCCUGUUUGUCAGACUAUUGACUCCCUUGCUGACUUGAGCAUUCAUAACAUAAAACUGUGAAGGAUUAGAAUGUAUCAAAAAAAAAUCAGUAUCUCCCCUUAAGUAUCUAUUGUAAAUCUGUAAUCCAGAUUGUCAAAAAUUUUCAUUUUCUACCUUCAAGCCUAGGCUAUGUUUUGAAGGAACAAUUUAGUAGUAUGCACAAUAGUCAUUACAUUAUAUGAGGUACUUUCUUGCUUAAAUUAACCUCUUCCAGAUAGCAGCAGGAGAUGGCUAAAUUCUACUACUGGAAAGUUUUGUGAGCAAACCUGUUUUCACUUCAUACACUUUUUCCAUACACAUUUCAUGGUAGGUAACCUACUGAAGUAUUGGAAGAGUUUUAUAGAUCUUAUUUGAUGACUUGAUCAUGUAUUAAGUUUACUUUAUGGCCACAGUUGUUACAGCUAUAAAUACAUUGUUAAAUUCUCUCUGCAUUAGGUCACAUUUCAUCUGUAAUUCAUAAUGCUAGUUAUAGAGUCAAAGUAAAGGUGGGAGUAGAUAGCAUAAUGGUUAUGCAAAGAGACUCUCAUGCCUAAGGUUCCAAAGUCCCAGGAGCUGAGCAGUACUCUGAUUUUAAAAAAAAGUAAAUAGUUUGGAUUAUUAAAUUUUCUUUUAUAUUGCCACCAGGGUUAUUGCUACGACUCGGAGCCAGCACUACAAAUCCACCACUUCCAGUGGCCAUUUUUUCCUUUUUUUUUCUCUCUGAUUAUUUUAUAAUUUAUUAUUAUUAGAUAAGACUGAGAGAAGACGGGGAGAUAAAGGCAGAGAAAGAUAAUCAAAAUAACUAGGUUUGGGUUUUGUUUGUUUAGAGGUUUUUGGUUUUGUUUUUUUUUUUUUAUGAGAGAAAGAGAUACAUAGAGAAGGGUACAGAGAGAGAAAAACCAGAGCACUGCUUAGCUCUGGCUUAUGGUGGUGUGGGGGAUUGAACCUGGGACUUUGGAGCGUCAGUCUUAAAAGUCUUUGCAUAACCACUAUACUAUCUUUCCACUCAUGGGUUUUUAUUGUUGUUCUUGGUUGUUUGUUUGUUUAAUUGUUUAACCAGAAUGAGGGACCGACGAUGGUGGUGUACCUGGUUAAGUGCACACAUUACAGUGUGCAAAGACCUAGGUUCAGGCCCCCAGUCCUCACUUGCAGGAGGAAGUCUUCACAAGUGGUGGAGCAGGCCUGCAGGUGUCUCUGUCUCUCGGACUCUGUCCCUCCCUAUCUCCCUCUUCCCUCUAAAUUCAUCUCUGUCCUAUCAAAUAAAAUAAAGUUAAAGAAAAAAAAUAACUUAAAAAAAACUAACCAGAAUGUUACUUUGUAUUUAGAAGAUAUUUGUCUAUAGAGUGUGUGUACACAUGUGCAGCUUCACCAUUCUGGGUCACCUUUGACAUUCAGAGAAACAGAGAUAAGGAGAGGCAACACAAUAAUGGAGCUUCCUCCAGUGCAUAAGACCUCCUAAGUGGUGCCAGGCUCGAGUCUGUGCAUGCACACUACUUGGUAGGCCAUUAUUUCUCUAGCCCUGAUACUCUUUUAUUUAAACAAAAUGGUGUUACUUUUAUCAUAAUCUAGUGAUAUUAAUUUUCCCCCAAGGUCUUUCAUGUAAUUUUUGUUUCCCUCUUUAUUCAGACUUAAGUUUUUAUUUAGGAAAGUUAGCUCAGAGUACCACAUCAUGAACUAGCAUAUUUUGGCAAAAUUUUACUUAUUUUGUUCAGCACAUCUAUCCAGACUUUAAAUGACUCUGUAGUAAAGACAAUUUACAGCACAUGUUUGCAUUAGGGUAGCAAUGUUUAUGUUACUGGGGGUUCUCUUUAUAAAAAGUAAUUUUCCACACUAUUUUUAUGUUGCAUUUUAUUUUAAUAUUUUAUUUAUAAAAAGGAAACAUUAGGGAGUCGGGCAGUAGCACAGUGGGUUAAGUGCAUGUGGCGUAAAGCGCAAGGACCGGCCUAAGUAUCCCAGUUCGAGCCCCGGCUCCCCACCUGUAGGGGAGUCACUUCACAGGCGGUGAAGCAGGUCUGCAGGUGUCCAUCUUUCUCUCCCCCUCUCUGUCUUCCCCUCUUCUCUCCAUUUCUCUCUGUCCUAACAACGGCGACAACAAUAAUAACUACAACAACAAAAAAACAGCAACAAAAGAAAAAAUACUUUUUUUUAAAAAAAAAAAAAAAAGGAAACAUUGACUAAAGGAUAGGAUAAGAGGGGUACAACUUCACCAGAACUCUGCAUCCCAUCCCCUCCCCUGAUAGCUUUCCUAUUCUUUAACCCUCUGGGAAUAUGGACCCAUGGUCCUUGUGGGAUGCAGAAGAAUGAAGGUCUGACUUCUGUAAUUGCUUCCCCGAUGAACAUGGGCGUUGACAGGUCGAUCCAUACUCCCAGCCUGUCUCUUUCCCUAGUGGGGAAGGGCUCUAGGGAAGCAAAGUUCCAGGACACAUUGGUAGGGUUGUCAGUCCAGGUAAGUCUGACUUGGUCGGCAUCAUGCUAGCAUCUGGCACCUGGUGAUUGUAAAGAGAGUUAACAUACAAAGCCAAACAAAUUGUUGACCAAUCAUAGACCUAAAGGCUGGAAUAGUGCAGAUGAAGAAUUGGGGGAGUCCUCCAUUUUGUAGAUAGCUCAGGCAUAUUUUAAUUAUAUUCCAAAGGGCCUGUGGCUAUACUAGUGUUGUUUUGUUUUGUUUUGUUUUGCCUGAGCCUGAAAUCUGAUAUGCAGGUGGAUGCUAACUAUUGUCUGGGGAGAUGAUGUCAUGGCUGGGAAAAGGACCAGAAAGCUGGAUCAGGGAAGAGAGUGGCUCCCAAAUAUGGGAAAGAUGUAGAAAUAUUGUUGAUUAUAUACCCCAUCGAUUUGUGAUCUGGGGCCCAUAUUCAGCUUAGGAGCCUAUGUGACCUCUGCAUCCCUGUAGAUCUGAGCUCACAUUCUGUGGUCAUAAGUAGGAAUGUUCAAGCUGCCCCAAUAUCAGGACCCAUCUUCCUCUUGUGUAGCAUAGAGUAUGUUGUCCAGCAUCCCUUCGGAGGAUGGAACAUUCUCUACCAUUGUUGAUCCAUUCUGUUGCAUUUUAAAAAGAAAAAAAAAUAGUAAUUGCUACAUUCUCAGGAAGAAAUUACACAAUGCUUAAUCUCCAUGUCUGUUUUCAGAUUGCUCUCAUUUUACUGUUCUAAUAUAUUCCUGCCUAACUACUUGUAAAGUUUAGUGACUUAAAAAAAUACUGAAUACCCAGCAGCUCUUACAGAUGCUAUGAAUAGACAAUAAUAAUUUUCAGUGUGUUUGUUGUUUAAUAGAAGUCAUACUGGUUUGUGUUUUUAAAUACAGGCUUUCCAAUAAGAUUACAUAACCUUAAAUGUGUUUCAGAUUUUCUGCAACAAUUAGUUGUGACGUCUUAACGAAACUCAUGUUUAUAAAAAAUUUUAUAGUCAAAAUUAUUUAUUUUUAUUUUUGUAUAGUUUGUCAAAAAUGUGUAGUACUUGCUUUUUAUAAUGUCUGCCUACUUGACAACUGUAAAAUACACUGUGACUCAGAAACUUUGUGUUGUAAAAAUGAGAACCAGCAUGUCAAAAAUAGUUUGCAUUUGUCAUAUAAAGUCAAAUCGUAUUUAAUAAUACAUUUUGAUUUAAAUUUGCACUAACUAGAAAACUUUAAAGGUUAUAGUAAUUUACAGAUUCAUGUGGAUCCAAGUACUUUGUACUUAGUUGCCUGAAAAGAUUGAUAGAAUGAGUAAUAAUUUGGUGUGGGUUUGCUUUAUUGCAGUUUAGGACAAUGGAGUGUAGGUAGAUUUAUUUUUAAAAAUCUAGAAAUUUUAAAAGAAAAAAAUCUACUUCUUAAAGCCUCUCUCCUGCUUCUCAGACAUGGUGUGUAGACUGCAGCAUCAGGAUCACCUGAUAAACACUGGCGUGUCGAAGCUGUAUUUUCUGUUUGGUUAGUUGGAAUGGAGUUUGUUUCCAGAACACUGCUUAGCUCUGGUUUAUGGUGGUAUUUGGGACUGAACUUUUUUUUUUUUUUUGUAGUUAUUAUUGAUGAUGAUGUUGGAUAGGACAGAGAGAAAUGGAGAGAGGAAGGGAAGACAGGGAGAGAGAAAGAUAGACACCUGCAGACCUGCUUCACUGCUUGUGAAGUGUCUCCCCCGCAGGUGGGAGCCAGGCCUCCAGCUGGGAUCCUUAUGCAGGUCCUUGUGCUUUGCGCCACCUGGUCCUUGUGCUUUGCACCACCUGUGCUACGGGGGACUCCUGGAACUGAACCUUUACUGAACUAGGAGGUGCCUCAGCCAUGAAAGGCUUUUUGCAGAGCCAUUAUGCUAAAUCCUCAUCCCCAGAGCUACCAGUCUGUACCUCACAAGCUCUCCCAGGGUGUUUGCUGACUGGAAGCCAUGCAGUAUAAUUGAAUUAGUUGAAUACUACAAUUAUCUUUCCUUUACUAAUUGCUUUCUUCCUCUCAAAUUCUUCUUCUGAAGGAACUAUAAGGGGAGCUGGGCGGUGGCACACUGGGUUAAACUUGUGCUGCUAUGUGGAAGGACAGGCGAAAUGACCAGGUUCAAGCCUCCACUCCCCACCUUCAGAGGGAAACGCUUCACAACCGGUGGAGCAGGUAGGCACAUGUCUGUCGUUCUCUCCCCCUCUCUCUAUCUCCUCCUCUCUUCUCAGUUUCUCUUUGUCCUGUCCUAUAAAAAGGAAAAAUAUAUAUAUAUAAGCUGCCGUAAGCGGUGGAUUCAUAGUGUCAGCACCAAGGCCCAGCAACAGGAAGCAAAAAAAAAAGGAACUAUAUGAAAACCCUGUUUGUAUAUUAUCCAAAUUGAUGUGUCUUACAUAAAAGAUGGCAGCCUUGGGAUUUUUAAUAGAGUCACAGAUCUUGGACUAUGGUUCAUGGAAUCAGAGAACUGACUGGAGUCAUGGUUCCCCUAGGGACUCCUGCUUCCUCACUUCUAUCGAACAGGCCAUGGUCCGUGCGCCGCUAUGUUCCAUCGCUGGGGAGCCAGAGACGACCCGAACUGCCCCUGCGGCUACAGACAGACUAUGACCCACAUAGUCAACGACUGCCACCUCUCCAGAUUCAAAGGAGGUCUCGAAACUUUACAUCAGGCUCAACCUGACGCUGUUGACUGGCUACGGAAGAAGGGCAAACGCUAGAAGAAGAAGACUUCUAUCAGUAUAGCCCCAUGCUGGGGGAGUCAAGAUAAAAUACUUCCUCAUUUAGAAUAUUUUUUUUACUAUUGUUAAGGGUUUGAAAGCCACUACUGUAAAGACUGCCACCUGCUUAAUUUUUUACGUAUUCAGAGACCUAUUUUUUUGAUGAAAAGAAUAAUUUAGAGAACAUGGUUGUUGCUUGGAAUAUGACACAUAUGGCUAUUUUAAAGACAUUAUUGUUAAAUACUAAAGCACUUGAGCUGUUUGUCAUGUUUUCAGUCUUAGUCAUGUAUAAAAACAAAUUUGUAUAAGUUUA